CUCCCCACACACCCUUCUGACCACCCCUUAAAAACUUUGUGGAUGUGCCCCUGCUCAAGAAGACUCGGGAAGCUACGAGUAAAAUCGGUAAUUAAUAACCUGAUUCCCUGUAAGCUCCCAUGGUCGAUCAGUCACAGAUCAGGGUGCAUCAGUCCCUUUGCUAUUUCUGAUUAAGUUGCUGUGCAUCCCGUCACGCCGCCAGGAGUUGUGCGCAGCUCCCCGGACGUGCUCGCGUCGCACCGCGCCUCCCCCUCCUCUCCUCCCGUUCUCUCUCAUUCUCUCCCUCCAAAGGUGACCGGGGAGUCGCGCUCCGUGCCCGUUAUUUACAGUGCCGAAGUUGAAGCGGAACCUGACGCAGAUCAGCUGAUGGAGGUUCUCUGCUGGGCGCGCAGCUCCUCUCUCCGUCCUUCCCCUCUGCAGGUGAAUCGUUCCUCACAUGUUCGUCUCUGCGCUGCCGCGCUCUUCUUCUUCGCCGGGGCUUCGUCUUCAUCCAAAGUCAUGUCCCCCCUGACGCUCAGAUGUUGGUGAAAGGACGCGCAUGCGUUGAUUUACUUUGGAAUACUAAUUUUGCCUCCUAAGUUGCGUCCCUGCGAGUAUCCGAUGUGGAAGCCGCUGGCAGCGUCAGAGUUGCCAGCAAUGUGGAUUACAGUCUGCAGCGUGUCUCUGCUCAUCACUGUGGUCUGCGGCGCGCAAAGCGCGAACGAACCCAGCAACAUGUCCUACGUGAAAGCGACUGUUGACAAGUUGCUGAAGGGCUAUGACAUCCGUCUGCGGCCUGAUUUUGGAGGAGCUCCGGUGGAUGUGGGAAUGAGCAUAGACAUCGCCAGCAUUGACAUGGUGUCUGAAGUCAACAUGGACUACACCAUCACCAUGUAUUUCCAGCAGUCUUGGAGAGAUAAGCGGCUGUCCUAUACAGGCAUUCCCCUAAACCUGACCCUGGACAACCGGGUGGCUGACCAGCUCUGGGUUCCUGACACCUACUUUAUUAAUGACAAGAAGUCUUUUGUCCAUGGGGUGACGGUCAAGAACAGGAUGAUCCGGCUACACCCUGAUGGAACUGUGCUUUACGGCCUCAGGAUCACCACGACAGCCGCCUGCAUGAUGGACCUUCGCAGAUACCCGCUGGAUGAGCAGAACUGCACCUUGGAGAUCGAGAGCUAUGGAUACACCACAGACGACAUUGAGUUUUACUGGCAGGGCGGAAGCAAUGCUGGGUCAGUCACUGGAGUGGAGAACAUCGAGCUGCCUCAGUUUUCCAUCAUUGAUUACCAAACCCUGUCCAAGAAAGCCGUGUUUGCCACAGGUUCGUAUCCACGACUGUCACUGAGUUUUAAACUCAAGAGGAAUAUUGGCUAUUUCAUCCUGCAGACUUACAUGCCAUCCAUCCUGAUCACCAUCUUGUCCUGGGUCUCCUUCUGGAUAAAUUACGAUGCGUCGGCUGCCAGAGUGGCUUUAGGUAUAACCACGGUGCUGACCAUGACCACCAUUAACACCCACCUGAGGGAGACCCUGCCAAAGAUCCCCUACGUCAAGGCCAUUGACAUUUACCUCAUGGGCUGUUUCGUCUUUGUGUUUCUGGCCCUGCUGGAGUAUGCCUUUGUUAACUACAUCUUUUUUGGCCGUGGUCCUCACCUACAGAAGAAAGCAGCGGAAAAGGCUGCUAAGUCCAAUCAUGAGAAUAAGGGCCGACUGGAGAGCAGUAAAGUGCAGGUCGACGCUCAUGGCAACAUCCUCCUGACGAACCUCCCCACUGAGAUGGGGGGACCGGAUAUGAUGGGCGCCCUCAACGAUCCUCGGGCCACCAUGUUUUCCUAUGACAGUGCCAGCAUACAGUACCGCAAGCCCAUGACGAGCCGGGACCUGUAUGGGCGGCCAGCCCUCGACCGGCCAAUUGGACACAAGAAAAGCCGCCUGCGGAGGAGAGCCUCACAGCUGAAAGUCAAGAUCCCAGACCUCACAGACGUCAACGCCAUAGACAAGUGGUCCCGGGUCAUCUUCCCGAUCACAUUCACCUUCUUCAACUUGGUCUACUGGCUGUAUUACGUCCACUAGGGCAGUCGUUGUGAGCAUGAGUGGUAGCUGAUGGGUACUUUUUUUUUGUUUGUUUUUCAAGGGAAGCUCAAUCCUGUACAGUAAUGAAAGUAGAAGAGUUCAGCCCAUUUGUACAAAUCCUCUUUUGGAACAAGUAGUUCUGGUCUUUACAGUGUAAAUACAAUUUAAUAUAUGAAAUAUAUAAAUCGAUAUAUAUAAAGACAGAGAUAUAAUUUAUUUAAAAAAUUCAAUUUUGCUGUGUACAUACAGUUAGUUAUAGAGAAAGAAGUAGUGGUGAAUUAAAGACAGAAACGUUUCGGUAUUUACAGGUUCAAAGAUGCCAAAAACACAUUGAUGGCUUUUGUUUGUCUUCUUUUUCUUUUAGCCCUCAUUUUUCAUGUUAAUAGAAGUCAACUUUUGUUUGCUUACAAUGCAAAAAACUAAAUAGAAACCGAACAAAAACACAAGGUAACUCCAACAGGAUUAAACUCCAGCAGAUUAAGGUUAUUUUGGAACAAAGAGAGACAAAAUAUAAGACUGAUGUAGAGACAGAUUAAACUCUCCAUCCAUCCAUGCAUACUUACUACAUCCGUAACCAAACCAAUCCAUCAAUCCCUCUCUCGUCUUAUAAAAUCAAAGUGUUGCCAAGUCAGAAGGAAUAUAUAAUCCUUUCACUUCUGUUUCUGCCUCCAAGGCUCCUCCCAGUGAGCUGUACCUGGAAAGCCUUCCAGCCGAGGCCUCCUGAUCAGAAGAUCUUGUCCUUUAGGACGUGAUCCAUAACUAAUGACCAAGGGUGAAGGUGGGAAGGUGGACAAUAAAUCCAGAGCUUAGCCUGAAGCUCAGCUCAGUUUGGUCUUCACCAUGAUAGACAGCAACAACACCUUCAUUACUCCAGGCAAAGUCUAAUCCAUCUGUUAAUUUCCUGCUCCAUCUUGCCAUCACCUGGGACAAAGCACCAAUAUACUUCCUGAGUUCCUAGACCCAGGAUCACUGGGGUCCCUCCAUAACAUUAAAGUGGUUCUGCUGAACGAAUUUUGUUCUUGAUCUAGUUCUCACUGGUCGCUGACCUUUUUGUUGUUUGUAGAAAAUUGAUGCACAUUGAAGAUUAACUAGAAUUGUUAAACCUGCUAAAAUUAGGCUUUACUAUUCAUAAAUGCCGGCAAUAUUCUGCCCUAGAGCUGCAAGUUGAAGUCUGGUAUCUCACCUGACGACCUGCUGAAUCAGUUCUUCAUCAGGGAACCAUCUGAAUCGAGCUUAACAGAUAUGUGAAAGUCACACAUUGAACCAGACUCCAGGAUUUAGAGUACUCAUGGAUGAAAACCUCUACUGUAAAUUAAUAACUCUGGUGCUGUUGUUUGAAACUUAAACUACAGCUAACUUUUUGAUCCCAUCCAGUGAGCUCUGUGCCGUUUGUGCAUUAAACAGCAUUUGAGUUGCAGCUGUAGGUUUCCCAGCUUGGGUUUAUCCCAGUUUAGAUGAUGUUUCAGUAAAGAUCUGUUGUAUUUUUGCCUCUCUUUCUGCUGGCCUUAUGUUUAUGGAGACGGUACAACUAAGUUUCAUUUUAUUUACAAAAUGGAAACUUCUUUUUAUUAUGCCGCUGUUUAAAGAUUUCACAGCCAGAGAUAGGAAUAUAUUGGAAAACUGGUGCUUAUAUUUUCUACUGCAGAAGUCCCACAAUUUUUUAUGAAAGGCGCCAAGUCAUCUGGCUUUUCAGCAGUAAAGGCCUCUUUUGGCAUUUAGAACUGCGUCACAUGACUUUGGAUUCUGCAGCAGAGAGAAGCGAUUAAUUUUGCUCAUCUACAGAGACAAAUACUUCCUUUUGAAAAAGUCCACCGAAAUUUAUCUUAGAACAAUUCUAAUCUUGUUAUGCUCAUAUAUUUUAGCUCAUUUGGAGAUGUAGAAUAGAUUUUUAUCAUCUAAAAAUGUUACUUUUUUAAAUUUAAAGUGGCAAAUUCCAAACUAUGCUUUUUUUUGUCUCAUUAAUUUUACACUUCUUGACAAAACAGUUUAGCACCCAGGGAGUGGUGGAAAUUAAAUUAACUGUUGUAUUGCUGUAUUUCUUGCAGGGUGUGGACCUCCUUUAGGCUUGGAUAUCAGGCUUGAUACAGACACUGUGUCUUCUGCUGCAGCAGGGUGGCCCAUAUCUUUGCUUUGGCACUGAUUCUUAGCUGAUUCCUUGUAUGCUUGCUGGAUUGCAGAAGCUCAGAGUCCCUUAUUUAUAAUAUGAUACAACUUGUCUUCAGUCCUUACCUCUCUGUGAUCAAACCACUACAAAUGCAGCCGUCUUCGCUCUGUUGGUAAUGCCACUCUAUGCAUAACAUAAGACAACACAAGGUGCUGUAAAGAGUGAUUCCAGAGAGGUCGUCGUAAUGUUUGGAGCACAAUGGAGUGAUCCUCAUUACUGUGGUUAGUCUUGGAUGACUGGAACCUUCAUUUAAUCUUCCCAGAGCCCAUUAGUUCAAACAUCUGACCACUGAAAGGUCUGUUUACUGGACUAGGUUGAGUAGACUGUGGGCCUCUGGGCUACACAGUUACAAUAGAUUGUUGGUUUUUACAUGUUUGAGUUAGGUUAGAGUCAGUGAUGUGACAUAAUCGUGUUAAAAUCGUUGCGCAUUGCUUAUCUAUAUGAAAAUUUAACUGAUGAAAAUCACUUCAUUUGAUAUGAGCUUAGAAAAUAAAAUUCAGUGUUUGCGAAAAAUCUCUUGAAUCAGACCCAUCUUUUCUGAAUAAGAAAAAGAGGGUGAUGGGGUGAAAAUCUUGGGAUGCUUAGCUAAUCCACCUCUUGGCUCCUUUUUUAUUAUCCAGCUCAGUCUUUACCAUUCACAUGCUGGUAAUCUACAUGCUACGGUUUCCUAAACUCAUGCAAACAAACAAUGCAAGCUCUUUUAAAAUUCAUCCAGUUGUAAUGCAUCGGUCUCUGUCUCUUGACCUUCUCUCUUUGUUCUGUCUUGUGCUCUGGUUAGUGCCAGAUGCCAGCACUUAUGCUCUGUGGUGGCCAUUCGAAAUGUUCCAACUCCAUAGGAAUAGAAUCAUGUCCAUCUGUCACUGUUCUACAUGUGGACCAAAUUACACCUUGAUCAGGCCAUUCCUUCUGGAAGCUAAUCUGUUUUUCGUCAGUCAGCGUAUUAUAAAGUCUUUUAAAAAUUAAUAUUUGUUUUAAUCCUGUUCUGAGUUAUAAUUCUUUUAAAUUCACUUUUCUGCAUAUGAUUUUUCUUAAGAAUUACCAUUCCGUUCAAACAAGGCAAAAUUAAUCCCAACAUGUUUUUCUUUGUUGUUGUUUUCGUUACGUGAAAGUAAUGAUCCUCAGAUGAAAGACUGCAAGUUUCAUGAGGGCUUUAAUCACAGAGAAACAAAUAAAAACCAGACAAGCUUCUGCUGGACUCGAUCACAGCGGUCUGCUCUUUCUGUACGGCUGAACUUUGUGCCUUUAUACCAAGAAUCUCAACAUUUUACAGGGUUAUCUUAUGAGCGGUAAGGAAAACAUGUUGAGCUUUUUCUAGAACAAGAUGAAUUGGAAACAGAACUCAUUUCUCAGACUCCAAUGUAUGUUACCAUUAUCUAAGCGUAGAUUGUAGUGAGACAUUCCAGCAUUAUGACGACAAUCUUUCAAAGAAAAAAGGAACGGAUGCGUGGCUUUCCUGACGGAACAAAGGAAGCACCAGAUAUGGACGGACCUCUUUUCUGUGGACGGAGGAGCUAAUGGAUACAGCAACUGGUUUCCCUGCAGGCUGCAGCUGCAGACAGAGGAUGAAGCUUCUGAUCCUUUAAAGUGAUGUUCCACAUGUGCACUCAAGUGGAACGGCCUGUGCGGAUUUCAGCAAACGCCAGACACCAUGUGUGACUGGCUGUGUGUGGAAGGUGAAAGAAUGCCAUGAACGGGCAUCAUUUGUGUCAACUUACAGAGAAUUAAGAGUUCAAAUAAAGCUGCUGAGAUCUCUGCAUACAAA